AUGAAAGACUUCACCGAAAUCAUGCUUUGCCCCGAGGCUCUGGACCACAGCAAGGGCAAGGAGCCCCAGGCAGCGCCAAGCACCGAGCACCCAGCAGACAAGGACAGGACCGGCCCCACGUCACCCCAGGACAGCCUUGGCCGGCAGCUCUGGGGCCAAGCAAGCUGGCGGUACCGCGCCGACUGCAAGUUCACCUGGCUCUGUGUGGCUCUGAUGAGCACCAUCCUCCUCUUUCUCAUCGCCCUCCUGCUGGGCAUCGUCAUCCACCCCUGCGGUGGGACCCUGCGGGGCCCCGAGGGCUCCUUCAGCUCUCCCAACUACCCCGGCCCCUACCCGCCCAACGCACUCUGCAUCUGGCACAUCGAGGUGGGCCCUGGCCUCGCCAUCCAGCUGAAGAUGGAGACAUUCAGUGUGGAGGGCACUGCCUCCUGCCUCUUCGACCGCGUGGAGCUCUACGAGGAGCCGGGGGCCGGCGGCAUGGAUCCUGACCCAGCUCGGGGGGGCCUGACCAGGUUUUGUGGCAAUGUGGCCCCUCCGACCUUCAACACCAACUCCAACCACCUGCGCGUCACCUUCGUCUCCGACAGCAGCGUGGGCGCUCCAGGCUUACGCUCCCGUGCCAGGGCCCCCAGGGAGAAGAGCUGUGCCUGGGAUGAGCAUUUGUGCGACCAUGGGCUCUGCCUCCACCUGGGCUUCAUCUGUGAUGGCUUCCACGACUGCGUGGACAAGAGCGAUGAAGCCAACUGCAGCCUGAAACACAAAGGUCGCUGUGCCUCUGGAAGAUCUCAGUGCCCGUGGGCCACGUCAUCGACCUACUUCCACAACCUCUGGAAGAUCUCAGUGCCCGUGGGCCACGUCAUCGACCUGCACUUCCACAACUUCAGCCUGGAGUCGCAUGAGGACUGCAGCUUCGACUUUGUAGAGGUGCACGACAGCGCAGGCACGGGGGCCGCCAGCCUCAUGGGCAGGUUCUGCGGCCACCAGCUGCCACCCACCCUGACCUCCUCACGCCAUGUCAUGACCGUCCUCUUCGUGGCAGACGAAGGAGUAGCAGACGACGGGUUCUUUGCCACCUACCAAGCCCGCAAUGCCACAGAGAAGACCUGCAGCCCCAUGGAGUUCUCCUGUGGAAAUGGUGAGUGCCAGGCGCUGGAGUCCGUGUGUGACGGCUGGCACGACUGCCCCGACGGCACCGAUGAGCUGAACUGCACUGGGGUCUCCUACCCAGCCUUCGGGUCUGUCUGUGAGCCCGUGGAAGUGGAGAUGUGCCUGGGGCUGGGUUACAAUGCCACCUCCUUCCCCAAUAUCUGGCUGGCCAUCCCGGACCAGGAGGGAGCUGCUGAGGUGCUGCAGGACUACCAGACGCUGAUGGAGCUCGCCUGCUACCAGCACCUCCGCCUCCUCAUCUGCAGCCUCUUCGUGCCCAAGUGCACCCCAGAUGGGGGUGUCCUGCAGCCCUGUAGAGCCGUGUGCCUGGCUGCUGAGCUGCGGUGCCAGCAGUCCCUCAGCCUCCUUGGCAUCCUCUGGCCCAUCAACUGCAACAUCCUGCCCGACUCCAAUGACCCCAUAGAGUGCUUCCAGCCCUGA